CAGGUGCGUCCUCAGCUCCAGCCCUCGUUUGACUGUCAAACCAGGCGGCGCGGCUCCUUUCUCCGCCCUGCGCAUCCCGCAUCCAGUCGCUACCAGAGAGGAGCGCAGGGGAGUGCCCUGCGCAGCGGACUGCCGACACACACACACGCAGCCUCCUCCCUCCUCCUCUUCCUCCUCCUCCUGCACUGAAGCCGGACUCCUCUGCCAGGGAAACUCCGCCGACUCUCAGCUGUUAUUGUCGCUGUCAAAGCCCCGUUUGCAUUCUCCACCAGCCGGCUGCACACAAAAUCGACCAGCGGUCCUCUCCGGUAGGCCUGACGAAGCAUCAUGGAGGAGUUAGACGUCCCACAGAUGAGGAGAGAAGUGGAAAGCCUUCAGUAUCAGCUGGCAAUCAACAGAGAGAAAUCCUCCAUCACUGUCACCGAGCUGGUGAAGUGGAUCGAGGGUUGUGUUUGUGAAGAUCCAUUUCUGAACCCUGAGCUGAUGAGAGCCAACCCCUGGGUAGAGAAGGGCAAGUGUGUGAUCCUCUAAUGGUCACACACACAUACACACACACACACACUGUCACAAAUGCAUAAAAACGACAUAAUCAUGCACUCCCAUACUCCUUCAUGCUGAACUAACUCUCUCUCUCACACACACUAUUGCUGUUACCAUGUUUAUUUAUUGGGAGACUCCUGAAUGCUUUUUAAUUUAUGUGAAGACUACUGUGUGAGUGUACAGCACUGAGUAGCUUUCUAGAGUUUGUUUUGAUGGGACUGCUGGGAAAUGUUCAACAACAACAUGUUUUUAUUGGCUCUUUACACUGUCAAUCAAAAUAAAAGACUGUUUUGAAUUUAA